AUAAAAACACUGUCGGGUUUCGCUACGUGUCGAGGCACCGCAAAAUAUGCCAGCUAUGCGCGACGCCGUUGGCACAGACCACCAUGUGCAUGAUGGCCGCCUAGACGCAACGUAUGUUGCCGAUACACCGGGCAGACGUUUCAAUCGCGGUUCCCGCAGACCCGUAAUUAUUUGCGUGCGCGAUCCCAAAAUGAUAGCUUCCGCUGGGAGCGUCUGUUGAUCGAAGGCUCCACAGUCGACGACUGCGAUGGCGGACUUUGUUAUGUUACUAGCGCUGGCUGGCGCGAUGUUCGUUGGCAGCUACAUGAGUGGUAUGGUUCCGUUGUCGGUUCCUCUAACAGAGGCUCGACUACACUUGGUCUCUGUUUUCGGCGCCGGGCUACUAGUGGGCACGGCGCUUAGUGUCAUCAUCCCCGAAGGCAUCAGCACGUUAUACCUAACGCAGAUCAGGGAACUGGUGCAUGACGUACAGCCCGGGUCGCACGGCGGCCAAAAGCCCGGCGAUGCCACCCUGACUGCCGCCAGCGGAGUGAGCCACGUCCACUUGCACGAUGAUCUCCAUGGCAAGCUUGAAGCGAUGGACCCGCGGAACCUAGUGGGCAUCACUUUGGUGCUGGGCUUCCUCUUCAUGCUGCUCGUCGACCAGCUCAUCUCCCAGCACAGGCAUCACAAGGCUCUGGCAAUGGCUGUUAGCGACCCUGAAAGCACAAACUCGGUGCACACCCAGGGACGCAGCUUCACAGCCACCCUGGGUUUGGUGGUCCACGCUGCUGCUGACGGCGUGGCACUCGGAGCUGCAGCGACAACAUCUAACCUCGACACUGAGGCAGUCGUCUUCCUGGCCAUAAUGCUUCAUAAGGCACCGGCAGCAUUCGCCCUGGUGUCCUUCCUCAUGCACGAGGCCGUGGAGCGUCCCACGAUCCGCAAGCACUUGCUCAUUUUCUCACUGGCAGCGCCGUUACUAGCCAUCAUAACCUUCCUCGCCAUAAACAGAGGUGCCCCUCAGUCAAUCGCGUCGCAGAACGCAACGGGAGUGGCGCUGCUCUUCAGCGCCGGCACGUUCCUCUACGUUGCCACAGUGCACGUGCUUCCCGAACUGGUGGUGCGUCACAGCACGCACCAGGCGGACAACAGGGGACGCAUGAACACUCCGCCGAACGAGGGCUUCACCAGGACCGACGUGCUGGCCAUCGUCGUCGGCACGCUUUUGCCCAUGAUCCUCACGGUCGGACACCAUGGUCACUAGUCGUCGCAAGCUAGUCGUCUCGUCGUCAAAGUGCGUCUCAUGCUCAACAAAGUGACUUCAACUGUUGGUCUGUGAAAGUGGCAGAGAGAGGGGAAAAAAAAACUGCUCCUGACCAAGCAGCCAAUCUCCGCUGUUUUUUGAUCCACAGUUGUUGCCUGAAGACUGGCUGGGAUAUUUUUUAAUUAUUUUUUAGGGACACCAAGGACGUCUCGUUGCUCGCUAAUCGUUCCGAGUUGUGCGCACUUUCUCGAGUGUGGAACACUGGCAGGACGUCGCACAUGUGAAAGGAAGUGCACGGCUUUCCACGUCAAUGUCAAUUCAGCGAGGGACGACGGGUUUCUGCGGCAACAUCGUUGUUCGAUCUUCGCAAUAUGGCGCUUGUAAUUAGACAAUUGUGCAUUUGUGCAAGAACGUGUUUCCCAGUUCUUGUCCUUUUCCGGAAUACUUGGACGCCCAGUCGUGGCUGUACAUUCCGUUCAAGCGAUGCGUGACCAUUAGGCCAAUCAUCGUACUUUCCACGUUAUUUCUUGAUUGUGUAUGUUCUCGUGAUGAUGCCUGUAUUUUUUCUUCCUUUUUUGUACUGACUCGCAUUGGAACGUGCAUAAAAUGGCGAGCCGGUGUGACAGUAAAAGAUGCUUAUUUGUUGAUAAUUUUUUGCAGCAUUAAAAAAAAAAAAGAGGGAUGGUUGCUUGUCUUAGCAAAGUAUCCGUCAUUUGGCGCCACUCCGUCCCGUGUUUUUUGACUGACACGGUGUAUGCGUGAAUCACCCCAUGGUAGCUACAUUUUAUUUUAUACUGCUUAAGCUGUUUGGUUUGGGAUGACUUUUUUCUUCCCACAACAUUGUUUACUGGGAUGUGCCCUCAUGUUUACAGACAGAUAUUUUAAAAAGUAAGGAAGUGAUAUAGCUAUGAAACUUCCUUUGUUUAAAACAAGAAAUAAAUGUACAAAUCGUCAAGUAUUCCUCUUACUGUAUUACUGCCUUACUUGCACAGGUCACCUGUACUGCCACUAUGCCCAAAUCUCUUCAUAGACUAACCGAAUUUCAAUGUACAAGGUUACAAACUUGAUUACACAUGUGAAAGAAACUGUUUUUGACAAACGGUGUUCCUGUCUGUAGUUGUCUUUUUCCGUUAUGGUUAGUACAACGUAGCCAGUUUCAUUAAAACAAUUUUCGUUUCAG